AUGAGUCCCAUACCCGACAUCGAGCGCAAAUGGAAUGAGGGUGAGGUCGUACCCAAGCCCAGCAACCCGGAGGAACUCAUUCUGGAAGCAUGGGCGCAAGGUUAUCUCGUGGGUUCGCUCAUCAUUAUGGCGUUCAUCACGUUGGCAAACAUGAGGCGCGGCGUCCUGUUGCACAAGCUCAUCCUUGGUAUCUGGCAAGGAUUCUGGUUAUUUUUUCCCAGCCCAGUCCACGCCUGGUGGCUCUCCGUCGCCGCCAUCUUCCUGAACGCCUCCUGGUCUCUGCACAAUGUCAUUGCAUGGAUGAAGAUCAAGCCUUUCCUCUCAAAACCUGUCAGCUAUAUCUUCAUCGGCACCGUAGUGCUUGUUCAACCGUACUGGGUCGUGGAGAUAUACGCCAACUUCGCCUACUUUCAUGGCGUCAACAAGUUAUUCCUGCACACACGACCGUAUGAGGCGCUAUGCCGUGAUCCCUGGUGGAUCCUCACCACCAUCUACCUUUUCUGGGUCAUCAAGACGCAAUACGAACUGAGCCUCAAGGAGAUCGUACGCAUUUCGCCGCGUUUUGGUAUCAUGUUGUUGUCCAUGUUACUCAGCAUAAUCUUCAUCGUCCUGGACAUUUCUACAGUCACAGAGGCUAUCAAACUCCCAGGAGCCACGGGCAUCAACCCCUUCUGGAAGUUCGCAUUCGUAUUCAAGUGCCUGACGGAUUCAGUCGUUCUCGACGAUUUCAAGGUGGCACUCGACCGCCUACGAGCUUUCCGGAUCAGUCGACUAGGCAGCUUCUCGGGCGACCCGAGCGACAGCCGGAGUCGGAACGACAACAACCUCGUCGCCACAUGGGAAGAGAUGGAGAGGGAAGCAAACGCGCUCCAGAAUGUGCGCAGCCCAGACGGCGACUACAUCCAUCCCAGCAACUUCCCACUGAAGCCAAAACGUGCGCGAAGACCUCAAAAAGACUCUGUUAUGUUCCCCAACCAGCCGGAUUACCGGGACUCAAACGCUGGGCUGGAUCCAGAAGAUAUCGUGCCCAGCAUGUUGGGCGAUGGCCCUACAGGAGCAGAUGCACAACCCGUGCAGAAGAAACAACAUCAGUUUAUCGACGACAUGGUCAACAGUAACAGCAGAGACAUGGCUGCGGAGAAGGACUAUGCCGAGGCGAUGAGAGACAUGCAGCGAGAUAGUGUCUCAACACCCCGACGAACGAGCGAGUCUCCCCGUCGACCACCGCCGCCAGGCUGA